UGUUUCUCCUGUGGAGUGCCCUUCUCGUAUGGGCUUACACAGACGCUUCAUUUUGUGGGACAAGUGGCGUCCCAUUUAGCGUUGAGGUGCUCCCUUCAGGUGAGUGUCGUAAUAAACAGCAGUACCUCUACCGGCUCCAUAACGAGUCUUUUUCCUCAAACAGGAUCUCCUGUGCUUGGGUGCGCCCAGCCAUCGUGUGUAGCCCAUUCUGCUGAUGAUUUUGAUGACAGCGUUUUUCAUACUGACUCAUCAGGACAGAUCGAUGGAUUUUUUCGAGAAGGUGACAAAUCGCAAGGGCAUCUUCAGAUGAACAAACUCAGAGGCGACGGAAACUGCUCUGGCAAUUUUGAUCGAUUGGCUUGCACAAGGAAGAACCAGUGGGUUGGUGGAAUUGAGUUCAUAAAUCAUCCGCGCCAACCGCUUCUCCUCCAGUGCUGCACCUUUGAAGGACUACGAUUUUCUCAAAUUGUCGGUGUCACGUCGAUACGUGCUGGCGAGGCGGUUACCGGUGGCGAAGUAAUUCGCGCUGGUCGUCAGAUUUCUUUUGAUGUCAUCGCGAAUAUCCGCAAGGUCAUCGAUCGAGAUGAUCCGAGA